AUGCGCGAGGGCGUGCGUAGAGGCGGAAGCGUGGAUCUGCUGCUCUGUCGCUGUCAUUCGGCCGCGGUUUGUCUGCUGUGUUCGUCCUCAGGACAUCACCUCGCCCUCAGCCCCGAGGGGAAGGCUUGCUGCGGAGACAUCGUACAAGGUCCGAACGAUCACGGGAUUGCAUUUGUGUGUGGGGGCAGAAAACAAAUGGGGGAUUACGGCUUUGGAGUCCUAGUUCAAAACAACACUGGCAACAAGUCCACAUUCCCAGUCCGAAUCCACGCACACCUGCCGCCCCCACACCAUCACCAAAAUGUCUCUCAGAGUCCCGCCGCCUUCAUAAACAGCAGCACAGUCGCAGGCAAUGGCUCCACGGGAGGUUCCCCCUGGCUCUUCCCUGCCUCAGCCACCCACAGCAGUGUGCAGGAUGAAAUCCUCGGAGAGAAGCCCAAAGCACAGCAGCAACAGCAACAGGAAAUGCAAGAAACGCAAGAAAAGCAGCAGUUGUCUCCUGGGAAUCAUCAGGACGGGGGAAGUGGCGGAGGAAUCAUUUCAGAUUUGGAAAAGGCGCGUUCAGACGAGGCUAAAACUGAGAACGGAAACUCUGACGGUAGUAACGGCAAAGAGAAGCUGCGUCUGGAGUCUCCAGUGCUAACUGGGUUUGACUACCAGGAGUCAGGCCUUGGAGGCACAGGGCAGGUCCAGUCCAGCACCACCUCGUCAUCUCUGACCGGGUUCAACAACUGGUCAGCCGCUAUCCCCCCUGCGCCCUCCACCAUCAUCAAUGAGGACGUGAGCUUCUUUAACCCGGCCUCUGCCAACAAUGGCCCGCUGCUUUUCCAGAACUUCCCGCACCACGUAAGCCCAAGCUUCGGGGGAAACUUCUCCCCACAGAUUGGCCCCGCGGCCCUGUCCCAGCACCACCCGCCUCCUCCUCCGCCGCAUCACUUCCAACACCCGCACAGCCAGCACCAGCAGCACCGCCGCUCCCCUGCCUCACCGCACCCACCACCACCUUUCUCCCACCGGAACGCACCCUUCAACCAGCUGCCGCAUCUGUCCAACAGCCUGAACAAGCCUCCCUCCCCCUGGGGCCCCGCCAGCUACCAGAGCCCCUCGCCCUCCCCCGGCUCGUCCACGUCCUGGAGCCCCGGCGGAGGCUAUGGCAGCGGAGGCGGUGGAGGCUGGGGUGGCUCUCAGGGCAGAGAUUAUCGCCGAGGGCUAAACGGAGGCAUGACCCCCAUAAACUCUAUCUCCCCGCUCAAAAAGACCUUCCCGAACAACCACGUGGCCUCACAGAAGUACCCACGCAACAGCCCCGCCUUCAACCCCAAGUCCUGGAUCGACGAUGGAGUGGGACGAGGGGACAACAUCUUUCCCUUCCAGGAGCGGACUCGGUCAUUCGACAGCUUCAACAUGAACCCCCUGGAAAGCUCCCUCAUCGACAUCAUGAGGGCCGAGCAGGACACUCUCAAAGGUCGUCUGGGGUUCCCUCAUCCCGGCACUGAUAACUCUCUCUCCCUUAAUGCCAGGAAUUAUAGCAGGAGACGAGGCCAUUCCUCCCUCUUCCCGAUGGAGGACUGCUUUCCCGAUGAUGAGCGUGGUGAGGGUUUGGCUGGUCUGGGUUCUCCUCACUGCUUCCCACAUCAGAACGGGGAGCGAGUGGAACGCUACUCUCGCAAAGUGUUUGUGGGUGGACUGCCUCCUGAUAUAGAUGAAGAUGAGAUCACAGCCAGUUUCCGCCGCUUCGGUCACCUGUUUGUGGACUGGCCUCACAAAGCAGAGAGCAAAUCCUAUUUCCCUCCCAAAGGGUACGCCUUCCUGCUGUUCCAGGACGAGAGCUCCGUUCAGGCUCUGAUCGACGCCUGCAUCGAAGAAGACGGAAAACUGUAUCUGUGCGUGUCCAGCCCCACCAUCAAAGACAAGCCGGUUCAAAUUCGACCCUGGAACCUGAACGACAGCGACUUUGUGAUGGACGGCUCUCAGCCUCUGGACCCAAGGAAAACAAUAUUUGUGGGAGGAGUGCCUCGCCCGCUCCGUGCAGUGGAGCUGGCGAUGAUCAUGGACCGGCUGUACGGAGGGGUGUGCUACGCUGGCAUCGACACAGACCCGGAGCUGAAGUACCCCAAAGGAGCAGGGCGGGUGGCCUUCUCUAAUCAGCAGAGCUACAUAGCUGCUAUCAGCGCUCGCUUUGUGCAGCUACAGCAUGGAGAGAUCGAUAAACGGGUGGAAGUGAAGCCAUACGUGCUGGACGACCAGCUGUGCGACGAGUGCCAGGGCACCCGCUGCGGGGGGAAGUUCGCGCCCUUCUUCUGCGCCAACGUGACCUGUCUCCAGUACUACUGCGAGUACUGCUGGGCCGCCAUCCACUCACGGGUCGGACGGGAGUUCCACAAGCCGCUGGUGAAGGAAGGGGGAGACCGGCCACGACACAUCUCCUUCCGCUGGAACUGA